GUGCGCGCGCUGCCCCGCCUCUUCUUGGCGGGGCCGGGCCGGAGCGGGGGCCCGGUGCCCGGUGCCGCCGUGCGUAGCUGGUCGCCGCCAUGAACGCAGAGACCUGCAGGAUACCGCUGGGUCACCAGCCACGGGUGCCGCAGCCCACCAGCCGUGGCCUUGAUGCCAAGAUGUUUGCAGGGAUAAGCAGUGCCCAGUGCAGGCGUUCAUGCAACGAGGGGGCACAAUGAGCAGCAGUGAUGACUCUACCGGAACAGAGCAACCCAUGUGCCCAUCGGCCGGGCCUGUGCCUGUGGGCUGGGAGCUCAAGGUGGAGGAGGGCUCCAUGUGCUACAUCAGCCCCAGCGGCACCACGCUGACCUCAUUGGAGCAGACUUGCGCCUACCUCCUGGCUGAUGGGGCCUGCAAGUGUGGCCUUGAGUGUCCACUCAACACGCACAAGGUGUUUAACUUCGACCCAGGGGCAAUGGUGGCUGGGCGAGGAGCCCCUGGGGCCCAGGGCCAGCAAGACAUGACGAAACUGUGCAAUCACCGCCGGAAAGCAGUGGCCAUGGCCACGCUAUACCACAGUAUGGAGGGCACCCUGGGCCCCUGCCACCCAGGCACAGGUCCCAGCCUGAGCCUGCUGUUCUCAGCCAAGGGCCACCUGGCCACGGCCCCCAGCACUGGUGUCCCCCUGCCCAGCACUGUCGGCAACUUCCCCAGGGUCCCCCUGGGGGUGAAGACCCUGGAGGCCACAUCUGCCCCCGCGGGGACCUUUCUGCAGCCCCAUGACAUCGUCCCUGGGGCCAACGGCAGCCCCACGAGCCACCCACCUGCCACCCCCUGCUUUGGCCUCCGCUUGCCCCUGCCAGAUGUGGCAGCAGUCCCCCUCAGAUCCCUUGUGGUGCCUCUUGCCAAACGCACCCAAAGCCAGCACCCCACAGGCAGGACUAGUGACUGGGCAGCCCCAUCACAGGGGGGGACUGGAGAAAGCCCAGAGCUGGGGGGGCUGGGGCCAUGCCUGCCAGCCACCACCGGUGCCCCCCAGGCAGGCAAGGUCGAUUCUUCUGUCAGCAAUGCCUUAACCAGCCAAAGCAGCAAUAACCUGCCAGUGCCCUUAGAUGCUGUCCCCAAGGGCAGGGGCUUUUUGGGGCUGGCACCGCUGAGCACCCCCUUCCCCACCAGCAGCCUGCUGAGCUUGGCUGCCAAGACUCAGCUGGGCAGCCCUGACCUCGUGCCCACCCCCAGCACUUUACCCCCCUGCCUGCUCCUCCCCAGCAUGCUGCGCUCUCUUGUGGGUGAGCAGGUCCUGGGCAGGGAGGCCCAGUGGCCCCAAUGCCUUGACCUCCAGGACCCAGCAGCUCACAGGGUGCCCUCUGAGCCCAAGGGGAUGCACCCCCCAGUGACCGGGCAGCCUCUUGCAGCCCUGCUGAACCUGCUGGGUAUUCAGAGCUGUCUUGGGGGGGGAGGCCCGGGGGAGCCCACCCUCCCCCUGGGACCCUUGCCUGUCACCAACGGCUUGCCCUGCCCUGGCAUCGGUCUCCUGCCCACCGGCCGGGACUGCAGUGGGCAGCUCCUGGGUCUCUUUGGGCAGCUGGCAGCAUCUUCUGAACCCACCUCAGGGACCUCCCCGCAGUCAAAAGCCUCUGGUCGUAACCAUAGCCCACGCAACCUACUGGCUUUGAGCCCCCUGCUCCAGAAUCGGCCAUUGCUGCCCUCCACGUUGCCACCCCUGGGACUGUCACUGGGCCCAGGCCAGGGCCCCCCCCCCCAGGGCACUACCAGCCCCUUGGCUGGCCUGCUCCAGAGCCUGCAGGGGAGCUCCCUGCAUCUACGCCCAUCCUGCCGGGGCUGGAGGAAGGCGGCCAGGCAGACCUGUCUGCGGCUCGAGGCCCAUGGCCUGGGCGCCCCGUCAAGAACUGCCGGAGGAAGCUGCUCACAUGACAGUGCUGGGGUGGGGGCACCACCAGCACCCACCUGUGGAUUGGGGUGGGGGGUGUGUGUGUGUCACAGCUCUCCCCCCUACAGCUGCAGACCACAGGCACCCCCAGCACGUCUUGUCUUGGCUGCGGCUGUGUCCUGAUCUCCUGGAUCCCCCCUGGCAGUGAGCGGGAGAGGCUCCACCAGAGUGGGAGGUUACUCCAAGCACAGGGCAACAGCCCCCUUCCCAGACAAAGCACUUCUGAAGCCAUUUUCCAUGUGUUGGGUGGUCAACAGUUGUCGUCCCCCGCCUUGGGAAACCUCCCAUGCUGGGGGGCAGGAUUGGUGCUAGGGGACACACCUGGGGGUCCCCGCUGCCCCCCCUAUUACCUCAGGCCCAGGGGUGUCGUGGCCUCAGGGCCAGAUCUGCUCAGGGUUAGUUUAGCACAAAGUUCUCACCAAAAAUGAGGUUCCCCCUUCCCAUCCCCCAGUACCAUCAUUAAUCACCUCUGCUCCUGCCCCGGGCCCUCCCCACCCACUCGAGGUUGUCCCCAUCCCCCCCCACAUGCUAUCCCCUGCCCCACCGGUGGCAACAAGGAGACGUCCCCCCCGUGGGUCACAGCUUUUUGACACAGUGACUGGAUUUAGUGCAACGAGGAGGCUGGUGGGGGGGUUGGUGUGUAGGGGUUAUGCACAUAGAUGCAUUUAAAAUGCAGCAGCUGGGCCCUGCUCGUGCCCUAAGGAGAUGCUGAUGUAGAAAUGCUUUGAGCUAGGCUGUCUGCUGAUGUAAAUUCAGAUAUGGGGGGUCGGGUACAGUUUCCCCUUGGGUGGGAAUGGAGAGGGAAGGAAAGAUUCCCAGAAGGUUGCAGGGCCUGGCAGGGAUGGGGAUGUCUGGGG